AUGUCCCACUACGUCGGUAGAGUAGAAAGAGGUCGUAAAUUACUCCCGGAUGAAGAAGAUGCUACUAAACUCAAAUUUGGAGAAGACUUUGAAGAUGUCGUUGAAGUCCUCUUUAUAUCGGAGGCCUAUCUGAUCAUGGACAAGACCAAGUCACAGCAAAAUAAUACAAAUACAGACGUAUAUCGAAAGACUUGGGAAUAUGUGAGAAAGUUUGGAAAGUUUAACAAUGAGGAUGCUGUGAAAGACUUACGCACAACACUGGUUAAGCACAAUCUACACAAAUAUGAGCUCGCACAGUUAGUAAAUUUAUGCCCUGAAGAAUUGGAUGAAGCCAAAUCGUUAGUUCCAAGUCUGGCAAGGAGAUUCGAAGACGACGAGAUACGACAGAUGCUAGAAGAGAUCGCAACGCUGAAGAAAUACCAAGCAUAG